AAAAUUUUUUUUUUUUUUUUUUUACUCCAGGAAAACAUGCAGCUGUUACACCCUCUGCCACAGCCUCUGCUCUUCGGGUGAGCGCUCUGUAGUGAGCACUGUGUGCGCAUUAGGUAACCCCUCACUGUGCAAUAGCUCGCAAACCGCACAAGAGAUGUAAACCACACUAGGUAAACCCCGUGCAACGAGCUUGAUUGAGAAGGCAUUAGAGUUUGAAAAUCUUUGUUUGUUAUUAUUCUAACUUUUAGGGCACACUAUGUAUUUUGGAUUCUCUUUUAAGUUGUCACAUCAUUAUAUUUAUAAUCAUAAAGAAGGAAUUAGAACAACAACUACAACAUAGCCAGAGUAAUCUCACAAGUGGCAUCUGGGGAGGGUAGCGUGUAUGACCUUCGUACUUAUUACAUAGAGCAUAACAACAUGGCUUCUUUAGAUAUUUGCAGCAGGUUAGUUUACUUUUUUCAAGUCAAGAAUUUAAUUAUGUUUUAUUGAAUUUUGGUUAUUGUUUUAAAUUUUUGUCAACAUGACAAAUUAGUUUCUUUGUGACCAUUUCAUCUAAAAAGUUAAAACGUGUACGCUUAUUUACUUAAUUAUGCCUUAAGCUCACACUCUCACAUGCAUGUGGAAGCUCUUUUUGAUAAUAUGGCAGUAGGACUCGAACUCAGGACCUCUAUAGGCUCUGAUACCAUGUUGAACUAGUACUAUGAAAGUUUAAAACGGUUUACAGGGUGCUUUUUCAUUUACUUAAUUAUAUUUUCAACAGUUGGAUCGGGAAUGAGAAAAGAAGGUGGACGAACAUGGCUACUGCAAGUACAGUUUCACACAAGAGGAGAACGCCAAGAGCUUUUUCUGCUUUUGCAGAAACUGGACAUUCGUAUAGAGCCAAAUAUUAUAAACAGGUGCAGAAAGAUGCUAGAGAAAAGUUCACUCAGGAGAUAUCAUUCCGAUCAAAGGACAAAGAUAUUUCCCCAGCAAAGGCUUUGCUUCAUGUUGCCACUGAGGACGAGGCAUUUAUGGCUUUUAACCGUGAGAUGGAUGCUUAUUCGAUCCAAAAUGAAACGAAAUCUACUUCGUUGUCAUCUGAAUCACUAGAGUCGACAUAUGGGGCGAUGCCAUUUCCUCUUGCUGGAAAGAACAUGAAUGAAUGGAUGUCUGAGUUUGAUGCUAUUGCAGAUGAAGUUGAAGCAGAGUUAAUUUCAAGAGAAACACGACGCAAUUUGGUUGAAGUUUUGGAUGCAGUUAACACAGUCCUUUUUAAGUCGAGAGGUUUUAAAAGAUCAUCUGUUCCAAUGGAUUCAAAGUGUUCAUAUCUUCAUUCAGUACUAAGCUCUGGAUAUUGUAGUGCAAUCUUGCUUAGUGUCGUUUACAUUGAAGUUUGUCGAAGACUUAAUGUGACUAUUUUGGGAUCGCGUAUUGGAGAGGAUUUUCUGAUAUGGCCUCAAACUAGAAACCCUGAGGAGCUGUUUAAGAUUACUUCUUGUCACAGCUUGUUUGGCAUUGUCAACGGCAAGUGUGCGAAUGAUCCUAGAACGAAGGCUUCAGAUAUCGAUAGCAGUUCACUGUCAGGGCUCGAGAUUGCAACGAUCAGAGAUAUUAUUGGGAUUGCGUUGGCAAAUCUUAUCAGGCUUCACUGGAAAUGUGCUUCAAGAUCAAAUCAUGGUUUAAUGCUGACUUCUCAUCUUAGAUCUAGUGGUAGUUUUAGCAAGAAUGAUAGCUCAAAUGUACAUUUGUUGAGGCCCCAAGAUUUGAGGCUGGCUAUUAUGGCUUCAGAAAGAUUGCUGAUUUUGCAGCCUCACAAUUGGUCUUUGAGGAGAGAUCAUGGCAUGAUGUUGUACUAUAGUAGGGAAUAUGAGGAAGCAGUCAAGGAGCUGAGCAUUUGCAUGGCCUUUGCACCAGAAGAGGAGUCAGAAAUUUUAGAGGUAUUUGUUGAGAAAUUACACUACUUGUGUGUGGAAUCAUCAUGGAACAAGUCUCUUGGACAUAAAGGUCACUUGUCAAUACCUUGACUUGGUUGAACAAUUAUCGAGCCUUGGCAUAGGCGCACAGCUGGUAAAGUUGUUUCCAUGUGACCAGGAAGUCAUGUGUUCAAGAUGUGGAAAUAGCCUCUUGAAGAAAUGUAAGGUAAGACUGGAUAUAAUAGUCCCUUAGAUUCCGGCCCUGUCUUGGAUGCACAUAGCGCGAGCUUAAUGCACCGGGCUGCCCUUUAACAAAGACCACAACCAAUAAAAUUUUAGCUUUAGUGUUUUUCUUUUCAACAUUUGUAAAAAUUUUCCUUGGAUAUAGGUACUUAUUAUUAUUAUUAUUAUUAUACAAUGAUCAAUUUGAUGUAGAAAAUUCAAGUAAUGUGCCUUCAUUGUCCUUGAGAAAAGCUAUUAACUUGAUGUCAACUGACAACUAAACACUACAACUUUGAGAAUGCACAUCUAAACGCCUCAACUUGUCUUCAUUGUGUCUCAUGGACGCUCAAGCCGACAUAACGCAUGAAGCUGUCUAGAUGAUCAU